CAGAAAACGACAAUACCCAGAAUUCUGUGCGUGACUUUCAGUUCCGGGGUCGGUGACAGUCAGCCUGUCAGCAGCAGAAAGGUUAAUGUGUGUGUGGAUGUAGCAUCUGUGGAAUGCUGUGAUGCCCCUGGAGGUCAGAUGGCCAUUCCCACAGUCCCCUGCUUUGGCAUGGAGGGUCUCCAGCUCACUGAUCAUGGGGAUGGUGGGCUCCUAUUCCUACUUCUGGACCAAGUACAUGAACUACUUGACGGUCCACAACCAAAAGGUUUUGUUGGACCUGAUUGACCAGAGGCCCUCUGACACACCCCUCAUCACUCUGUCCAAUCACCAGUCAUGUAUGGAUGACCCGCAUAUCUGGGGCGUACUAAAGCUCAGACAGCUGUGGAGCUUCAACAAGAUGCGUUGGACUCCUGCAGCAUCUGACAUCUGUUUCACUAAAGAGCUUCACUCAAGAUUCUUCAGCCGUGGAAAGUGUGUCCCCGUCUGCAGAGGCGACGGAGUUUACCAGAAAGGCAUGGAUUUUAUUGUGGAGAAACUAAACAAAGGAGAAUGGGUGCACAUUUUUCCUGAAGGCAAAGUCAACAUGACUGAAGAAUUUAUACGGUUAAAAUGGGGUGUGGGUCGGCUAAUAGCUGAAUGCUCCCUUAAUCCGAUUAUCCUGCCGCUCUGGCAUGUGGGUUUGAGUGAUGUUCUGCCAAAUGCGAAGCCCUAUGUUCCUCGGAUGGGGAAGAGAAUCACAGUCCUGGUCGGAAAACCAUUCAGUGUGAAAGAGCUUGUUGAAUCUCUACGAGCUGAAAACAAGAGCCAGUUAGAAAUAAGGAAGACGUUGACUGAUUUCAUCCAGGGGGAGUUUAGGAGCCUGAAAGCCCAGGCUGAGGCCCUCCACGGGCAGAUACAGACCAAAUCCUGAGCCCCAGCCGUCCUGCCUGCUGAACUGCUCACAGCCAACAAGAGUGAUGAUCCUUUACCCUGAGCUGAGGGUAAUACCUUUUCUACUGGAACACACACACCUCCACACUGAGAUGUCAUGGAGCCAUAACAAGCUUCUGAACAAUCCUUUUUUAAGUGGUGCUGUGGGUUCAUGAUGGGUGGAAAAACUUAAGGUUGUUUGCAUUAAUGUUGAGGUGACAGCAACCUCUUUGUAAGUGUCAUGUUUUUAUUUUAUUUAACAAACGCAUCAUUUAGAUGCUGGGACAGACUCUGCCGAGUAGUUUAGAGAAGAGACUGAAUUCAUACCAGUCAAUGCUGUGUGACCUCGAAGCAGCCAGUCGCUGAACUGGUCCAGAAGAGUGAAAGAUUGAGAACGUUUGUUGCUUCAUUUGGAUGCAUGAAGUAACGUAAGCGUCACUCAUUUAACUGGUCUUUUGACCUGCUCAGUUGUAUUUCCCACUGGUACCAUCUAUCCAGCCCAUUGUCCUAAUAAUAGCGCCUGUAUUGGAUGAUUCCACACCUCAUGAUUUACAUUCACUACCAACAUGCAGUGCCAGUGCAGGAAGUAGAGCGUCUGUUAUCGGCAAGUAGGUUUUCAAGGAAUUUGCUUUGGUAUUUUGGUGCCUAAAGAUAAAUAAUAAACAAUAACAAAAAUCAAAAAAUACAAUUUAGAAAAUAUGUCAAUCAAUCAAACAAUCAAUCAAAGCCUUCAUUGUCAUUGCGCAGCUGUACAAUAAAAUUAGUGUGUCUCCAGUGGUACAUUCAGUAAACAGAAACGUCACAGAUAAGCAGACACAUCAAAGACUAUAUUAGGUUGGAGCUCUAUCUAAUUUUUCUAAUCUUUCCUGAAAUUACACCGGAGUUUAGGGUGUACAAUGUUAUGAGUGUGCGAUGUCACCCCCCAAUGUAAAUGCCAAGUUUACUGCUUUCCUCAAGCUCUCUUAGCCUUUUCAGGCCAAUAAAUACCCAAAAGAAACUCUCAAACUGUUACGAAAAGUUAUAUUCUUACAGCUAUUUUCCUUAUUCAGCAGAGAAAUACAACAGUGCGCCUUUAAAUGUCAUGUUUGUCUCAGUCACAGAACAAAAACUGGCUUACUUGCCUCGUUAACUCAUCAUCAAAGGAACUUCACUCAAAAUGGACAGAAAUCAAAUAAAACUCACCCACAUCGCUUUGGUUAGUCUGGUUAGUCAUCUAGUUAGUUAGUCAACUGUUCCAACAAUCACCAACUCCAGUUUGGCUGAAAUAUAACCUUAAUUCACUGAGUUAGAUGUAAAAAACAUUCUGUUUUUAUCCCAGUCUCUCUGCCAUUGAUGGUCAGUUGCUUACAGUCCUGUAACUUAUGCCUCCACCACUCAGUCUCGAUGUCUGUCAGCUCAGCUGCCUGUUCCAAUAGUAGAGACCAGAGAGUGACCUCUGGUGGCGCGUGCUGUGCACUACAUACAAAAAGUUUAAUAGAAAGAGAAGCACUUUUUUUCAUGAUAUACUGAAAAUCAGACCUUCAGGAUUUCUAAAUACCCUGAUAUACAGUAAUACCGUGAUACUGCCCAAGUCUAUACUAUAUACAUGAUUAUUAAAUCAAGAAAUAAGUAUAAAGUGGGCUAUUACAGCAGAAUAAUAUUGCUGUAUUGUCAUGAUAAUAUUCCACAUGCACAGGAUAUUCCACUAAAUUGUCAUUGCACUUAUCUCACAAUGUGGUUAUCCACCUCUCUAGUUCUUUAAUGGCACUUGGGUCAAAGCUUUUCGGCAAUCUGGAAGUGUGAGCUUUUAGGAACCUGUAGCGCCGUGAUACUCAACUUAAAGCCCUCGGGCCAGAUCUGAUAAUAAUAAAGUAAGGCUGUACCAUUUACCAGUUUUGGGGCAUUCAAGCUUCAUUGAAAAAAAUUUGCGAUUAAUUGAAGCUUCAAAGAAGGGGGUGUCAGUCGUUGCACCUUGUUGGAAUAUCUGACACUUGACUUUUUGGGAGUUGUCUUUGUAAAAUUUGAAACCAUUCUCUCUAUUUUUCAACAUCUUACUAGCAUAACUGUAAGCCUGUCGCUGGUGGUCAAUCUGUUUGAGUCACAAAACUCGGCUUAUCACAAAAUUUAAAGUCCUCCUCUGAGAGUUAUGUUGGAUUACUAUUUCUUAAUUUUUGGGCUAUUUGGAUUUUUGGGGUAAUGGUAUAGAAAAACAAAGCAUUUGAAUACUGAUUUGGACAUGGAUUACCAUGGCAAAGACUGCAUUUGAAGCAUUUGGGUCAGCCCUAAAAAAAUGUGCCAGGAAGAACGUCCUGGACCCCCAACAGAGGUCCGGGCUAAGCUCUGAGUGUCCACAUGUACACAUGACCCAUGCGAGGCUGUGGUGACUGAAUUUGUCUUAUUUAGUCCUUUUAUCUAAUAAAAAUGAUUAAAUGAUUUUGCAAAAGCGGCCCCUGGGGAAAGCAAGUUGAGUAUCUAUGCUGUAGCUCCUUCCUUCCUUAUCUGUGAAAAGGUGUUGACCUGAAUGAGAUGAGUCUCUAAUGAUGUUUGUCAUCUGACUGUGACAUCGGGUUCUGUAAAUGUCCUCUAGUGGUGGUAACUGAGUGCCUUAUAGUGCCGACUGUGUGACUCUCUGAAGAGCAUUCCUGUCUGCUGUGUAGCUGACAAACCACAACGGCAAUGUCGAGGCCUUUGCACACUGAGUCCGUCUUUUUCAGCUGCGUUUUUUUGAUGUCAUCCAAACUAAAAUUGUUAGGCGCAGAAACCUUUCACGCUGAUUCUGAUGUAUUUUAUUGUUCUAUUCGUUUCUAGUCGUUCUAUUCGAAACGACACACAUUUCCUCUUUUGCCUCUCUGCACUGGAGUUACCUGUCUGACUGACACCACUCCCUCCCUGUCUUUCAUUUGGCACAGCAGCUGCAUGAAGGAGCGGAGCUGUCCUCCCUCUCUGUGUGCGGUCCACAUCCUCCUCUUCAUCAUCAUGCACCUAAAUAUUACACUCUGACCUGUUAAAAGUGAACUAACUGAAAUAUGAAAUGAUUCCGUGUGUCCUGUUCCUCUGUCUUGUUGCGGCUGUGUCCCGCCGCCACGUUGUCUUCACUGAUUCUUCGUCAAACGUCUCUAAAGGCUCUGACAUAUGCGAAAGAAAUCGAACCAGUUCACGAAACUUGAUGACAGACAGAAGUUUUGAACUCAGUGUGCAAACAUGAUUGACACAAUGUGAGAUUAGAUGUACGACAAUUUCAGGAAAAAAAGGACUCAGUGUGUAAAGGCCUUAACUCUUAAAAGUGAAAGAGCUAGGCAGGAAUGUGCAGAUUCAUAUUUAAGGGGAUGUGCAAAUACUCACAGUAUUAAGAAUAUAAAGAAUAAACAGUGCAAAAUAAGGAUGCAGAGAUCAGGGUGGAGCCCUAAUACAUUGACUUAUGGCUGGGUGAUAUAGAGAAAAUCAAAUAUCACCUUAUAUUUUGCCAUAAACCUUCACAUCAAUAUCAAUCAGUUAAUUAAAUUUUAUUUAUAAAGCCCAAUAUCACAAAUCACAAUUUGCCUCACAGCUGGUAAGGAAAAACUCACCAAAAAAAACCUUUAACGGGGAAAAAAAACCUAUCAAUAUAGCAAAGACCACCUAUUGGUGCUUUUACAAAAUAUUUACACAAUGAGGUUUUUUUUAAAUAACCACCAGUAAUGUGGAUUUAAUGACUUAUAGGUAAAGGCUAGGGUUGCAACUAAAGAUUCUUUUCAUUGUCAAUCAGUCUAUUGUUUUUUUUUCUUUGAUUAAUCGAUAAGUUGUUUGGUCAAAAAAAUUGUCUGAAAAUAGUUAAUGAUGUUGAUGGGUGUUCUCCAAAGCCCAGUGCACAGUCCACAGCCCAGAGAUAUUCAGUUUACUGUCCUAGAGGAGUAAGGGCUCAUUUAUGCUCAACAUUAGAUACAGAGACGGAGAAAGACAGAGCCUUUUUUUCCAUAGUCUGCGUUCAUUUUGUCUGUAGUUGCGCAUAUUUUCUGAAAGUUUAUGGAUACCGACAAAAUGGAGCAGUACCACUGGAGUGCAGCAUAGUUCAAGUGUGAUUUGAUCGUAGGGGACAAAGAAGAAAUUUUAAAUAAUGGCAGAACGAACAAAUCGGUAAUAAAGUAAAAGAAUUGGCUAUCCAUGUGUCGCGAUGUAUAUAAUGGCCCCACAGACCACUGCUGUCUACAACACUGCCUCCAUUUAAAGGUAAGGUCAUCUAUUGGCUGUAUCUAUGACAUCAUAAAGGACGCAUGGAAGUAUGAGGGCAAUGACGAUUACAAUGCAUGUAAGGCCUUUCAGCCUUUAAGGAACCAAAAAAUAUCAGGGUUCCCACACAUUUUAAUUUUUUCAAAUUUGAAAACCAUUUUAAGGACCCUUAAUAAAAAAAAAAAAACAUUUUCUCACCCCACUUGCUCUGCAUUUUUAAAACAUAUCAGAUUCAAACUUAUUGGAACAUAAUUUCAGCAAGCUGGCAUACAUAAAGAGAGAAAGGAAACAUAGGUAAUGGUUAACUAAACAUCACACGUCAACGCCUAUUAGAGCUACGUUAUGUCAACAACUACAGAAAAUGAAUUUGCCAUUAUGUUACAUUACAUGGAAGGUUAUCAAAGGAAGAUUAAUGUAACAAUUACAUUCCAUGCAUCAGAAUUCCCUGACUUUUCCAAAACUUUAAAUGAUUUUUACUAGGGCUGCCCUUGAAAGUCAGCGAUUCAAAUCAUCAGUCAGAGACCCCCUCUAGUGACUGAAUUUUUUUUUUUUUUUUGCUGAUCAGUGUGCUGUGCCGUGUACUUCUGGGUAUGGUUUGGUUCCUAGAUUUUGCUGCAGAGUGAGCACUCUUGACUUUCAAGCUACUCUUUGGUAGCGUACAUGAUGCAGUGGCACAGAGGAGGAGCAACUCUGCACUGUAAGGCUCUGAGAUAACAUUAUCUUCUCUCUUCUGCUCAGAAGGGGUGAAUUUACAGCUCAUAGACACUUAAUAUGACACAGUCUGUGGCUUUUAUUUGAUUUCUAGUGUCGUCAGAAAAUGUUGUUGCACAUUUGUGAUCCAUCAUUAGCACUGUUAGCUUGUUUACUGUAUUACAUGAAUACUGCUGUCACACUGAACAUCCCACUGAGCCCCAUUCAAACUUUAAAACUUUAUAAGGGAAAAAAACAAAUUGUAGAAUAUUCGUAAUAAACAGCCAAAUCUGGGUAACAUAAUUCUGAGUCGGGUACAGCCCUAAUUUUUACUAAGUCUGUGAUUUUUCCAGACCUGGAAAAUAUGAUCGUAAUAUUCCAUGACUUUUCCAGGUUUUCCAUGAGCCUAGAAUCCCUGAAAUAUUCACAUUUAAGAAGCUGGAAUCAAAGAAUUUUCCUUGUUUUUUUUGUUUGUUUAAUUACUUUAACUGAUUAAUCAACUGUCAAAUUAGUUGGUGAUUAAUUUAAUAGUGGAUGAUUAAUCGAUUAAUCACUGAAGCCAUAGUAAAGGCAAAUAAUAGAACAGUUAGAACAAUCUCGAAUGCAGCCUCGUAAACCAGGAAAAAACACAUACAAUAUUAGGAUACCCGAAAUCUAAGACUAUAUAGAGCCUCAUAUCACUAUACUGUUAUAUUGAUACAUUACUCAGCCCUACAUUGAAUGGCUAUUGCAAAAGAUGUGCUGACCAGAAAUAGUAAUAAAAUUUUGAUUUCAUCAAAAUAUUAAAGAUUAAAAACUAAACCAGGUGUUUUGGUUGCCUUAUCCUAAUCAUACCUCAGCUGUAGUUAAGUUACUAUUUUACCUGCAAGAAUUUUAAAAAUGUUGACACUGAAUUUAAAAAAAGAAAAAAAAAAUACUUAUUGAAUAUAAUCCCAACAUCUACAAAAUUUUUACUAACGUUGUUGUUGGUGUUUGGGUUGCUUCAACCUGUUACCCCAUUUUUAGGAGUUUAAAUACUAAGUAUUAGCAUUUGUAAUCUAGUAAAGAGGUUAAUCAGCACUGUACUGCACAGAUAACAUUCACAGCUGUCAGAAACAGGCAGGCAGAGAAAAUGAUUGCUGGGAUAUUAUAAUGGUGAUUGUACCAUCAUGUAUUUUGCUUUUGUUAUUCUGGACUGCUCUGCUCAGUGAUACUGUCCAUAACAUCACCAUGUGUCCCAGUCUGUCUUUGUACUCCCUCUUCUACAUUCAAAUUAAGUUUGCAAAUCACUUCUCAGUACUGUAGAUAAUUUCUUUGUCAGAUGAAGUUUUGAAAUACAAGGUUUUCUGUAGAUCCUUUUCAACCUCUGAAUGCUACCCUGUUUCAGAUGUAUAUAACUUAUUUUAUCACAGAGAUGAAUGGCUUUUAUAAGAGAGGAAAGGCCACAGCUGAGUUAUCUGUGGUUAUUUUAUAAAUGUUUCGCCUUACUGUGAUUGCCACUCUUUCCUAUUGUAAGUGAAUGCCAAUAAAUAUUCAACUUUUCUAAAUUUGAA